AAAUAGUGUAAAAAUAAAAUUUUUUAUAUUAUAACAUAAAAGUUUAAUAUUAAAGAGAAAAAAGUGGGAAGAAGAGAAUGGCGUGAGUGAACCUUCAUUCCAAUACCCAACAAUGGCGAAGCGAACCCACACCACCGAUUUAGGCUCCAUAGCUUGUCAAGACCUCGGUGAACUUGGUGCCGGAAAAGAGGGUUGGCUUAUCGAUAACCCCAAUCUCUUAUGUGCUCUCGACACACACGCCAUUGCUCUUGCUAACCGAUCCCUAAUCGUCACUCUCAGCUGGUCCGAUUCAGAUGAUUCCAAAGUCAAGAUCCGUCCUGAAUUAUCACCCAUUGAAGCUGAGUACAUCUCCGCCAUCGAAUGGUUGGUAUUCGAUGAAAUUCGGGUGAUUGCGAUCGGGACUUCUUGUGGGUACCUUCUGCUUUUCUCUCUCGAUGGUCACUUGAUUCAUAAACAGUUUAUACAUCCUGGACGCGUUUUAAAAUUGAGAGUCCGUGGAACAAAGAGAGAUUUGAUCCAAGAAACUUCCUCAGAGGAGGUUUGUGUUGUUAUGCAAGGAGUAAUUGCUCGUUUUGAUGGCUCCGAAAUUCAGAACAUGCUGCAGCAAUGGCAUCACGAUACAAAUUCUCGGUUUUGGGAUAGAAAACCAAGAAAUCAAGAUAAUGACGAGUUUGGAAAUUCUUAUGGACGAUUAUCUUACCAGCUAUGGAAUGUCAGCAAGUAUGGAAGUUGUGCAGAUGCAGCGAUAAGCGGGAUAAUGCCUCCACCGCUGAUGGAGCUACAGUCAAGUCAGCGUUAUUUCUGUGCAGUAACCGUUGGAGACGAUGCUGUCAUCUCAGCCUUCAGGUUAUCGGAGGAUAAAAGUAGGUCGUUGGUUGGAGCUAUCUUAUCUAAAGUCGUUCCGGUAACAUUUUCUACCAUAUCCUCCUUCUCUAAAAUGAUUUGGCGCAGCGAACAAAAAGCGCCUAGAAAAUCAAAUGUGAAGCCUCAACCUUUUGCUCGAGCUUCUCCAUUGACAUCUUUAAAGGAUUUUCCUAGAAAGGGCGAGAAACUCACCUUAUCACCUAGUGGCACAUUAGCUGCAAUAACAGAUUCGCUCGGUCGUAUUUUGCUUUUAGACACUCAGGCACUUGUGGUCGUGCGGCUAUGGAAGGGAUAUCGCGAUGCGAGUUGCCUAUUCAUGGAAAUGCUAGUCAAUAAAGAUAACAAUGUAGCUUCUAGUUCUAGCUAUUAUGAUGAACCUGUGAAGAGUGAUUAUUGCCUCUGUCUGGCUAUUCACGCCCCUCGAAAAGGAAUAAUCGAGAUUUGGCAGAUGAGAACGGGACCGCGACUCCGAACAAUUCGGUGUGCUAAAGGGAGCAAAAUACUCCAACCGACAUACCGGUUCGGGUCAUCUAUAGCCUCUUCUCCAUAUGUGCCUUUGGAGGUUUUCUUGUUGAAUGGUGAUUCUGGUCAAAUUUCGGUUUUGAAUCGAACCCUUCUUUGAAUGUAAAAGCUACAUAGUUUGAUACAAUUCUUUACAAGUUUACAUAAUGCCACAUACAUAAAAUGUAAUUUAGAAAUAAUAUAAUAUUGCAUUAUUAGUUCCAUAAUUCAUCUGAAUUUCCUUUC